AUGUGGAGCAUGGCAGCCAUGGUGCUGUGCAGGGCCCAAGUGGAGACCCAUGAUGAAAUAGAGCUUCUGCACACACAUGCUUCCCUAAGAUGUUCUCUGCAAACUUACCAGGAAGUCUUGAUAGUGACAUGGCAGAAAAUAAAGGCUACAAACCCAGAAAAUAUGGUCACAUUCAGCAAGAAAAAUGGGGUUGUGGUUCAGCCUGGCUAUAAGGACAGGGUAAACAUCACGUAUCUCGGACUCAAUGACUCCACUAUAACCUUCUGGAAUACUACCCUGGAGGAUGAGGGGUGUUACAUGUGCCUCUUCAAUACCUUUGGUUCUGGGAAGAUCUCAGGAAAAGCCUGCCUCACCCUCUAUGUACAGCCCACAGUAUCCCUUCACUAUAAAUUCUCUGAAGACCACUUAAAUAUCACCUGUUCUGCUACUGCCCGCCCUGCCCCCAUAAUCUCCUGGAAGGUGACUGGGUCAGGGAUUGAGAAUAGCACUGAGAGUCUAUCUCACCCCAAUGGGACGACCUCUGUCACCAGCGUCCUGCAGGUCAAAGAUCCUGAGAGUCAGGUGGGAAAGGAAGUGAUCUGCAAGGUGCUGCAUCUGGGGACUGUGACUGACUUCAGGCAAACUGUGAGCAAAGGCUUCUGGUUUUCAGUUCCUCUGUUAUUAAGCAUUGUUUCCCUGGUAAUUCUUCUGAUCUUAAUCUCCAUCUUAUUAUACUGGAAACGUCACCGGAAUCAAGAUUGA